AUGGGGCCCUUGGGCAAUAGGGGAUCAUGGGGCCCCUGUGUCCUUGCCCAAACUCAAAAAAGCCUAUGAAAAAGGUAUCAGGGGCAUCUCAUGGGGCCCCCUACUGACCCCGGGCCCUCGGACAUAAAUCUCAUCCAUAUUGUUAGGCUAUGGUCCCGCAGGAUCUGACCGUGUGGAAGGGUGAAAGGCAGGGGCGGACUGACAACUCAUGGGGCCCUCGGGCAAUAGGGGAUCAUGGGGCCCCUGUGUCCUUGCCCAAACUCAAAAAAGCCUAUGAAAAAGGUACCAGGGGCAUCUCAUGGCGCCCCCUACUGACCCCGGGCCCUCUGGCAGUGCCCGAGUUUCCAAAUGGUCAGUCUGCCCCU